AUGGACACCUUAUUGACGGCGGAUGCCGCUCUCAAUUCACCUAGAUACCGACGAAAAUCCAGUACAUUCAUCGAUGCCAUUCAUGAUCUCCCCGAGAAGGCCGAGCUGGCACCAGCACAACUCUAUAGCACAGAGUCUGGCCGUUUGUUCCAUGCCGGUCGUAUUGUCAUUGCAACUGUCGGGCUACCAGCUCGAGGCAAGACACAUAUCUCCGUAGCCCUUGCGCGAUACUUACGAUGGUUGGGAGUCAAGACGAGGAUCUUUCAUCUGGGUGAUUACCGAAGGGCUCUUGUAGGACAGGGCCAAGACGUCCCAGAUGAUUACUUCUUCGUGAAUGCAUCAGCGAGCUCAGUCUUGCUCAGACAGAAGAUACUCAAGAAGUGCCGAGAGGACAUCUAUGACUUUCUCAACCAUGAGAAUGGUCAGAUUGCCAUAUAUGAUGCUGUCAACCCCUUGUCUGCCGGGCGGAAGUCGUUGGCCAAAGAGUUUGCCAAGCACGAUGUGAAAUGCUUAUUCAUCGAAUCCAGCUGCGAUGAUCAGAGGAUUAUCGAAGAAAAUGUUCGAAGUGUCAAGAUUUCCUCGCCUGAUUAUCAGAACUGGAGUGAAGAUGACGCUGUGAAGCACUAUCUAAAUAGGAUAGCUGCCAAAAUCCCGCACUUCGAGACAAUGGAGGAGCUGGAUCUAGACUGGAUCAAAAUGAUCAAUGCUGGAGAACGUCUGAUCAUUAACAACAAGAGCUUCGGCUACUUGUCUCAUCGGAUAGUGUUCUACUUGCUCAAUUUACACAUCAAAUCCAGACAUACGUAUUUCGCAAGAGCUGGUGUUACCCUUGAGGAGGAGUCCUUCAAGGCUGACGCAAGUCUUUCACCUGCAGGUGUAGACUAUGCCAAAAAGAUGACAGAAACGUUGCUAAAGCAUAGAGAAGAAGAGAUGGGGAUGUUGCGUGAGAAAGGUGGCACUGAAGCACAACUGAAACCCCUGAUAGUCUGGACUUCGACGCGACGACGGACGGUGGAGACGUCCACAUUCCUGGCUGCUCGUGGGUACCAAGUCAGACAGCGGUCACAAAUGAGUCAGCUCAACCCUGGCGUAUGUGAGAAAAAGACGGAGCGCAGGAUUCAGAACGAAUACCCCGAUGAGGUAGAGAAACACGAUCUAGAUCCAUAUCACCAUCGCUUCCCUAGAGCUGAGUCAUACCACGACGUUGCUGUUCGACUAGAGCCAAUCAUCCUCGAACUCGAACGCGAACAGAAUGACCUUCUGAUCGUCGCCCACGAGAGCGUUUUGCGAGUGUUAUACGGAUACCUGAUGGCCUGUAAUGCAGCUGACAUCCCUUUGCUUUCCUUUCCUCGAGACGAGAUCAUAGAGAUCAUCCCAGCGAGCUACAACAACCAAGCCAAGCGCAUAAAAAUACCCGAUCUGCCACCAGAAAUCAUACCUGCGUCGCCUGAAGGACCGAAAGCUGCGGCCCCACCCAGUGGCUGGGCAACUCCCCAACCAGGGCUAGGAAGUGGUAUAGCGAGCCCUGGUUUCAAGGCAGGGACAUCAAAUGGUGGCAAUACCCCGACUGGUGCCAAGACGCCGCCUGCAGAGGGAGAGCACGAUAUUGCGAUCAGGAUCCAUGAUGUCGUUUAA